AUGACUUCUCAAACUAAGAACACUGCCCCCAUCGAGCAUUCCCCAGAGAAAGAGGACCCAGCAGAGGCAUCCUCAUGGACAGCCACCGCUGGUUCCUUCGGCCGCUGGGUCCUGACGCCCAUGGGGUUCGCAAUUACGGUCUACGGCCUCAAUGUAAUUGCAUGGGGUGGGAUGUUAUUCCUACUACUGUGCAACGCCGCUCCGGCAAUGUGCCACCCCAGCUGCAACGAUCUGUACUCCUCGCGCCGGAUCUGGAUCGAGAUCAACUCGCAGAUCCUCAAUGCGCUUUUCUGCGUCACGGGAUUUGGACUUGCGCCCUGGAGGAUUCGGGAUCUCUACCUGUGGUGCCGUUGGCGACUAGGUCGGGGGGCAGGAACCCGGCGGAAGUGGUUCGACCGUCUUGCAGAGAUCCACGCGAAUUGGUUCUACCAGCGUCUCGAGCCAAAUGGGAGUUCUCUACUUACUACUACUCUGGAUAGCCCCUCAGAAGGACGAGGUGCUACGCCUACGCCGAGGUACAAACUACAUGUGGUAAUCUGGGGAAAUGUCCUGAAUACGGUUUUCCAGAUCUGCCUUGCUGCCUGUAUGUGGUCGAUGAAUCGAUUUAACCGGCCAAGUUGGACUACCGGGCUAUUCGUCGGUCUUGCUUGUGUGGCAGCUGGAGUCCCUGGGAUUCUGAUGUGGUUGGAGAAAAAAAGAAUCAAGAAAACCAAUGAGCACCCGGGGGCUCUGUUAUUAAUACCGCGUUCCACACUACUGGGUGUCAAAUCUCACACGGCGGGAUCAGGAAAUGACGCUGUAGAAGCAGCAUGA